AUGGAUGAUUUUGAGAAGAAGAACCAAAAUAUCGUCGACUGGGAUGGCCCGACCGAUGAAGCGAAUCCCCUCAACUGGAGCACAGGCGCAAAAGUCGCCAACACUUCUCUGGUCAUCAUCCUCUGCUUCAUCACGCCUCUCGCAUCCUCCAUGUUCGCGCCCGGCGUGCCAGACGUCCUCCGCGAAUUCAGGAGUACAACCUCUGGAAUUCCUGAGCUGGUUGUGUCAAUCUACAUCCUCGGAUUCGCAUUUGGACCUCUGCUCAUCAGUCCCAUCAGCGAGAUUUAUGGCCGCUUUCAAGUAUACGUGGUGUGCAACGUCAUGUUCAUCAUCUUCACGAUCGCGUGCGCCGUGUCAAGCAGCAUCGCGCAACUCGUUGUGUUCCGAUUCUUCGCGGGAGCGUUCGGCGUGUGUCCUGUGACGCUAGGCGGAGCAACCAUCGCAGACCUAUUGACACAAGACAAGCGAGGUCUUGGUCUGAGUCUAUUCAGCAUGGGACCUUUACUCGGGCCAGUCAUUGGACCGAUUGCGGGCGCAUAUCUGAGCGAUGCUACGACUUGGAGGUGGACAUUCUGGGUCAUCGCGAUUGCAUACGGCGUGUGCACGAUCGUGCACUUCUUCUUGUGCCGCGAAACUUAUGCGCCUACACUGCUGGCUCGCAAAACCAAACGGCUUCAAAAGGAAACGGGCAACAUGGAGCUCCGUUCAGCAAAGGACAGUGGAUUAUCCAACAAGGUCUUCAUCACUCGCUCGCUGGUGCGGCCGUUCAAGAUGUUCUUCUUCUCGCCGAUCGUGGCGCUCAUGGCCAUCUACGCUGCCUUCAUCUACGGCAUCCUGUACCUGUUGUACACGACGUUCACCUUUGUGUUCACGCAGGACUACAACUUCACGUCAGCAAACGUAGGUUUGACGUACCUGGGUUCCGGAAUUGGUAUGUUUCUGGGUCUGUUCUUGAUCGGUGGAGCCAGUGACCGGAUCUUGAAGAGCAAAGCGGAAAAGCACGGAGGUGGGUUGAAGCCCGAGUACCGAUUGAUUCCACUCGUGUGGACCGCUUGGACGUGUCCUGUCGGCUUAUUCAUUUACGGCUGGACUGCCGAGUACCACAUCCAGUGGGCAGUCCCUCUGUUCGGCACGCUGCUAUUCGGUAUCGGCAUCAUUGCGGCCUUGAUCUGCAUCCAGCAGUAUCUCAUCGACGCCUACGCUCAAUAUGCUGCGUCUGCCAUCGCCGCAAACACAGUUCUGCGAUCACUGGUUGGAGGUCUGCUGCCGCUUGCAGGCUUGACGAUGUACGACAAGUUGGGCUUGGGAUGGGGCAAUAGCUUGAUCGCAUUUAUUGCUCUGGCGUUGACGCCCAUACCGCUGGUGUUCUACAUCUGGGGAGAGCGACUGCGAAACAGGACGAAGGUGACAUUUUGA